AUGCUCGUGGAUUCUCCGGCCGAGUUUGCCGCUAAAAGAUACGACUUCGUUAUUGUUGGAGGCGGAACUGCGGGUUUGACAUUAGCUGCUCGCCUCACUGAAGACCCCAAAAUUACAGUUGGCGUCAUUGAAGCUGGGCAGAAUCGUCUUGCUGAUCCAAAUAUAUUAAUUCCUGGCUGUAAGAUGUCAGAAAUUCACCAAUACGACUGGGGGUUCAAAACAACUGCUCAAAAGUACAUGAAUGGCCGUGUCGUUUCGCAACCACGUGGAAAAGUGUUGGGAGGAUCUAGCGCGAUAAAUGGAAUGAUGUGCACCUACUCUUCGAAAGAAGAUAUUGAUAGCUGGGAAAAGCUGGGCAAUCCUGGCUGGUCUCAUGAAGAUUUAGCUCCUUACUACAAGAAAUUCGCAACCUUCACGGAGCCAUCGAAGAAGACUGCUGAAUUCUACCAUAUUGAUAAUAAAGUUAUCGACAAGGAACUACAUAAUGCCAAUGGCCCAGUCCGGACAGCUUUUACUAACAGCAAAAGGGUUGGGGGAAACGCCUGGGUCAAGACAUUUGACAAGCUUGGUUUGAAAAUGAAAGAAGAUUCUCAGUCAGGCCACGGCAAUGGAGGUUAUAGCAAUCUAAUAACUAUUGACCCCGCUUCAGGCACCAGAAGUUACGCAGGAACUGCAUACUACCAACCCAACGUUAAUCGACCCAACCUCACAGUUCUCACAGAAGCACAAGUUAACAAGAUUACGUUGAAUCGUCACGAUGGUGAGAUCUUUGCGAGCGGCGUUGAUUUUACUUCGUUUGGUUUCAAGUACCAUGUUAAAGCAGAACACGAAGUUCUGCUUUGUGCCGGGAGCCUUCAAAGUCCUCAAAUUUUAGAGCUAUCUGGCAUCGGUUCAAGAAAUGUUCUUGAACCACUCGGAAUAAAAGUGGUGGUCGAGAACGCAAACGUCGGGGAGAAUUUGCAAGACCAUGGAAUAGUGCCCUUGUCUUUCCAGGCCGCGGAAGGUGCGACAACUUUUGACAGUUUUAGCAUAGCUGGCGUCGAAGCAGCCGCAACGACAGAAUUCUACGCCAGUCAGACAGGUCUCUUGAGCUCUCUCAUCGACAGUAAUGCGAAUCUCUCCUAUCAGCAAGUCGACCAAAGAACAGGCCAUGUAUCCUCAACGCCAAUCUCCGAACUUAUACAAGUGGCUGUAUUGAAAGCACCUCCUAUCUUACAGAAGCAGUAUAAGUUGUUGGGCGAGGCGCUCCUGAACCCAAAAGACAGCGCAUUCCAAAUGAUGUAUAUCCCACUCGGGAUACAGAAAGGUUUCGAUAACGGAGGAGGAACUUUAAGUCCGGGAAAUUUCAUCACUCUCUACGUCUCUGUUUCUCGACCAUACUCUCGCGGAAGCGUACACAUUACCUCCAAGGACCCCACUGUUCCUCCCAUAAUUGACCCGAAUUACCUAUCUCACCCUCUGGACGUCGAGCUUUUCAGCGAUGGUGUCCUUUUCCUGCAAUACCUCGCCACCAAAGAGCCAUUUGCAUCUCUUCUGAAAGACGGAGGGAAGGCCUUCCACCCUGGGUUUGAGCACCUCACGAAAGCAACUGCCGGCGAAUUCUGCAGAGAAUCGUUGACCUCUGAAUAUGAUCCUCUUGGCACCUGUUCAAUGAUGCCAGAAGAAGAAGGUGGUGUGGUAGACCUGAAACUCAAGGUCUAUGGGGUGGCGAAUCUGCGGGUCAUUGAUGCGAGUAUCUUCCCACUAGGGAUCAGGAAUAAUCUGCAGAGUUCUGUCUAUGCGGUUGCCGAAAAGGCGGCUGAUAUUAUUAGGAAUGAUUGGAAGGAGAGCAAGGGUGUUAAGAUUGGGCGUAAGAGGGAGGCAUCACCAACGGUGAAGAAGAGUGGAAAGAGGGCUAGGAAGUCCUAG